GCGCCGUCACUCGCAGCGCAGUCAGACACCGGCACUCGGAUUUGCACCCAAAUAUGCACGAGGAGGUAAAAUUGGGGGCAUCUUACAUUGUAAGACUGCUGAACCGACACCAGAAGCUGGACAGUGAGCAAGUGGAAAGGUUUACUGAGACGCUCACCACUUUGCUUUGUGAGAAGUUCCAAGGACACUGGUACCCAGAGACCCCUCAUAAGGGUCAGGCUUACAGGUGCAUCCGGAUAGAACAGAGCCACCCUGUGGAUGAUACGGUAUUACAGGCCUGUGUUCAGAGUGGGCUACGAUGCUCUCAGCUUGCUCUGCCCAGAGACAUGUCCCUCUGGAUCGACCCCAAAGAGGUCAGCUGCCGGCUGGGGGAGAGCUGCAGCCCAUUUAUUGUGAAAGCCCCACAAGACCAGAAGAUCCCUAAAUCCCUGUCCCCGGAUAAACUGGACCUGGAGACAUCGGACUAUCAUUCAGACACAACAGGGACUCCAUCGGAGAGCUCCAGCGAGGAUGAGGAGCAAGGAGGCAACAAGAAGAGUGUGUCCCAAGAAGUCGCCAAAAAGAUGGGCACGCAGUUCUAUUACAGCCCUUCUCCAGCAACCCCCGUUUACUACCGGUACCCCAGGAAUACUCUGAGCCUCAUACCUGCCUUUCAGCCCGUCACCUUGUAUUAUUUCAUCCCCAAACCCCCAAAGGUUUUUCCUAGCAGCAAGUCCAAAGGAAAUCCCCAGAAUUGGAAAUCCUACAGGACUUCUCCCCUGCAAAGCACAGCCUGAAAUCUAAGAAAGCUGCAGUUUCACACAGAGACCUCUAGGUGGUGCUGUAUUUAGCUGGAAGUCCAUCCAUGACUUUUUGCCCUUGGAAUUCUCAGGGAGAAACUGUUACAUAUGAGCCAGACUUUUAUUUCUUGGGUGCAAAAGGAUCAGGGGCUAAACCAUUGCUACUAGUACUGGCAUAUCUUUAUGGGUCUGGCUCCCAUCAUUCUCUAUCACAUUCGUUUACAGUUUUAUCCGGACCGUUAAUGGGAUGCCAACUAUCAAAAAUAAAUAAUGAAGACCGAUUGAAAAGUUUCUUAGUAUUGGCCAUUCUAUAACAUACUAAAAGUUAACUUGAAGGUGAACCACCCCUUUAAGGGCAGAGACACACGCUCAGA